AUGCACAUCUGCAUCCCGCAGUACCGCGGGGGCUUCUUGCGGCUCCUGGGCGCGGGCGGGAUGCUGGGCUUCGACAGUUGCGUUUGGGGGGACGACGAGGUGGUGCAGCUCGUGGCGGCGCUCGAGUUUGCGCGCGACGCGGGUGCGGCGACGGCGGCGGACGGCCUUUUCCUCCCCUACAACCGGCUGACCGAUGCGGCGGCGCCGCCCCUCGUCGCGGCGCUUGAGGCGGGCGCGAUGCCGGAGCUGACGGACCUCGCCCUCGAGUUUAACGAGGUGGGCGACGCGGGGCUGGCGGCGCUGCGGCCGCUCCUUGCGGGGCGGCUGUCGUCGCGGCUGAGGCGGCUGGGCAUCGGCGGGCAUCCGAGAUGCCCCGAGAUGCCCCGGCGCGAGCAAGCGUGGCAGCCGAUCGCCCUCCGCCGCCGCCAUCUCUGGUCUCGGCCAUCUCUCGGCUACUCUGGUGAGGAGGGCGAGGGCGAGGGGUUUAGCUGGCCGUAUCUCGGGCCCACUUUAGAGCGCAUGAUCUUGGCGUGGUCACGUAUUUUUCGAUUUCGGGUAGAGCCGUAA